AUGAAUUUGAAGGGCUUGAUAAUUAUCCAAUUAAUACUAAAUAGAAUUUUCCUUUCUUUAGGCCAAAAAGAUGAUGCUAGUUAAUGUAACCAAAUAUGCUAAGAUUGCUCUAGUGAUAAAAAUUUUGAGUGUCUUGGAUGUAAAUAUCCAUAUUAUUUUGAUCAGAAUAACUAUAAUUGUGUCUAAUCUUGCCCUGGUGGAACAUAUGAAAACUAAAAAAUGGAAUGUGUUUCCUGCGCUUCUAAAUUUUGUUCAAGCUGCUCACCUAUUGAAUGCUAUUAAUGCUAACCUGGAUACUCUGUGAACCCACAAGAUUAAUAAGGAUGCAUUUCGAAUUGUUAAGAUGGAUAAUAUUUACUUGAUGGAGAGUGCGUAUAUGAAUGUAGCAUUUAAUCUAAUAUUUAUUAGUUAGAUCCAUCUUCUAACACUUGUAUUUAGCUAUAGAUCUGCCCUUAGUUGUCUUAUAUUCCUGCAUCUUAAGCGGUUGGUCAAAUAUAAUUCUUUAGCACAUUCAUCAGUGAAGAUAAUAGCAUCAUACUUUAGAUUGAUGAAUAUGGCAAAGUUAUUAUCAAGUCCAUUCCUUAGCUUUUACCUCAAGCCUAUUAUAUAUUUCCUGAGUUAGUAUCUAUCUCAGAUUGUGUACAUCUAGUAGAAUAAUCAACAUAAAACAAAAUACUAUCUUGUAUGAAUUCUAAUACCGAAGUUUUUGCUUUUUAUAUAUCAUCUGGUCUACUUUUAUCAUAAAAUAUUACAUUUAAUUAAUAAAUAGCAAAUUUGUAUUAUUUAGAUGGAAUGAAAAUUACUUUUUUGACCUAAUCAGGAUAAAUAGUCUAGUACAAUUUCCAAUCUUAGCAAUUUUUUAUUGUUGAUGACUCAUCAGAUAAUCUAAAUUAAAUACUUUGUGUUUAAAACUAUCAGCAAAGAAAUGAUUAAUAUAUUCUUGCUAUCAACUCCACAAAUACAAUUUUUUAUUAUGAUUAAUCAUUUAAUAAGAAUAUACUUUUAUAAUAUUCAACAUAGACCACUCUUUAAAUGGAAUAUUUAAAUAUACAAAAUAUGUGGGCAUUCUACUAAAAUAAUAAAAUAGAUUUUUAUUCAAUCAUAUUUGGUUAAACUCCUUUACUGAUCAAAUAAAUUACUUCAUAAACUGUCAUCUAUUCAAUAUUGAGAUCUAACUAAACUUUGAUUCUAAUUGAUGACCAAAAUUAAACAGCAACUUAAGUAUUCUAAAUAAGCUCAAAUAAGUAAGUCACUGAAAUAACUAACACAUUACCAUCUACUUUCUUUAAUUCUGAUUGCUUUUGGAAGACAAAAGAUUUUUAUUUCUCUCAAAAACAAGAUCUUCUUUAUAUUUUCAACUUUAUCUUUACUAAUUUUACUCUUUCUUAUACUUUAAAAUUAUCUCAACCUUUAGUUUGCUCAAUAACUUCCUUAGAUGUUUUGCAAAAUAAUGAAAAAGUUUAUUUGUUAACUAGAAUAAAGUAAGAUAUGUAAAUUUAAGAGCUCACUUAAAGCCAAUUAACCUCUAUAAAUUCUAGUUAAAUGUAUUUCUCAUCUGAAUAGCAUGCCUUUUACUAUACUUAAAGAUUAUUAAAUGUACCAGCAGUUAAUUUUUUGAAUACUGCUACAAAUAAUUAGAUCUUAGAGUUAAAAGGGAAUGGUAUAGCUAACUAAUAUGAUUUAGAAUCAAGAUAGAUUGCUAAAUAAUUCUAUUUUUGGGAAGAUUUUUAUUAUCCAGAUUAAACAUCUGUUAAAAAUUUUAUUUUAUACAACUUUCUUGUUGUAAAAGAAGAAGAAAAAUUAAUACUUACUGGAGUAAAAAAUGGCGUUUUAGUUAUAAGAGAAUUGAAUUUAUAUACUUUUGAAAUACUUUUAGAAAACUAGUUUAGUAAUAUAGACAUUGCACUUAGUUAAAUAGAUAUUUUUGAUUAACCAUUCUACAUCCAGAGUACAAAAACCUUGAUAGUUUAUAUUAUUAAUUAAGAAAUCAGUGAUCUUUAUACAGAACUAAGACAGCUUCAUAUUUUUAGUUACAGCUAAAUAAAUAACUAAUACAACUACAAAUUCUCAGUAAGGUAAAUAGUAAAUGACGUUUAAGUUUCAUAGACAACUGGUGAUGUUAUUUGUUUCUUAGUUUUGUAAGUUUACCUCAGUUAAAUAGUGAUCUACAAUGUUUACAAAGAUUAAAAUCCUGUUUACGUAUCUGAAGAAUUUUAUAAUGUUUGCUAAAAUUAGAUAGGCUUUUUCAAUUUAAACUAAGAUACUAUUUAUUACUCUGAUUUUUUUGGAGGGAUAAUGAGCAUGAACCUUCUAAAAAAUUAUUAGAAAAAUAUAUUUAGCAAAAAUAUACUCAUUUUAUCAUAUUAUCUAUCUCCAAAUUUAAGCUAUUAGAUAUUUAGCUUAAGUCCUUAUAAUACAGUUUAAAUUGUAUCUACUGUAGAUAAUAAAAUCCUAUAAGUAAUAACUGCUGGUGCAUACAUUCCAAAAUAUAUUAGAUAUGACAACAAAGUAUUUAUUUGCAGCAAUACUUACACUUUAUCAUACUAUGAUGGCGAUGCAAACAAGCUUAUACUAUACCAAAACUAAUAUUAUGGGCAAAACUCUUAGGCCUUUUUACAUAAAUAAAAUUAGAUAAUAUUUAUAAAUACCAACGUCUAUCUCACAAUUAGUUUAGAUGAUUAGAAUCUUUAAUUACAGUAGGUUGCAUAAAAUGCUAAAUAUUAUCCAUAUCAAUUUAAUGAUAUUUAAAUACCUAUAACUCUUAAUAAUGGCUAGGUAGAGUAAAUGGUUGAUGUAAAAGCAAUAUUUUGCUAUGAAUAUUAAAGUGAUGAUUAUUUAAAAACUACAAUAAAAUUGAAAGUUGUUAACUUUUAUGAGUUAGAUAUAUAGUUAAAUAUAUAUAUAAAUAAGAUAGCAGUAAUAAAAUACCAAAAGAUUAUAGCAUAAAUUGCUAUUGAUUUCUUACAGCCUCAAUAACUGGUAGCUGAAAAUUACAGAUUCUAUCUAUUGUAUGAUAAAAAAGGAUUUUAUUUUCCCAAUUAAAAAUAUAUGGUAGUAGUUUGUGGAUAUCAUAUUGCUUUUAUUAGCUCAUCUAACUUUGAAAUUCUAUUUCAUUACGUGUCUAAAUCAACAUACUUGAAUGUUGCUUAUGAUAUAGAAUUAGGAUACAUGGCCUUUAUAGAAAACUUGUAAGAUUGCAUUAUCAACUUAAAUGCUAUUUCUAAAAAUUGCAUCACUAAUAAUUAUCCAUUUAAUGAGGAUAACUUUCAUGGAACUAUUAUUUAAAGAUAAAAAUAGUUGAUAAUCUUUUAUAGUUAAUAUAGUUUAAGAGUGUACUCAUUAAAAGAAUAAAUUUAUAAGUUUGUAUUAUAUUCAACAGACUUUAUACCAAAUUCUAUAUAUUAUAAUGAUUUUGGUAGCAUUAUAAUUAUUGGAGAUUAACCAAGUUAAAGUUUUUAGAUACUUAAUUUAGAUACACUUCAAUUGUUGCAUACGUCAUUCCCUGCAUACAGUACUUAAACUUUUGAGAAUCUGUAUAAUUUUUAUUUUUUCUCUGAUCAAAUAUAAGUGAUGCUAUUUUCUUCUUACAGUAAUUCUAUAGUAAUCUAUAACAUAAAUACUCAAGAAAGCCUCAAAACAAUCUAAUUAUAGUACUAAUUUAAUUAUCAAAGUCAAGUAGUUGUUGAUGAAAACCUUGAUUUGAUUAUAUUGAUUGAUAAUUAUAAUUAAAUUGAGAUUGUUUCUUAUGAUACCAAUUAAGUUGUUAAAAUAUUUUAAUUAGAUAAGUAAUAAAAUGACGCAAAUACAUACUAAAAAAUAUUGAUUUGGGAUAAUUACAAGAGAAAACUUUUUGCAAGCUCAAACAACAUAUUUUAUGUCUUUGAUUAUGAUACUAGCAUUUUUAUUUGCAAAUACCAAUUUUAACUUCCUAUUUUUGAUAUUUAUAUCAGCUUUAAUAAAAAUUAAAUAUUUGUUACAGAUUAUUUGAAUUUAAAAGUUUUUGAUUACUCUAUCCUAGAGUUUAAUUAAAACUCAUUGUUGCCUUAAAAUUCAACUCCAAAUAUAUUAAAGAUUAAUGAUAGCCAAUAUAUUUUAUUUGAUAAUAGUCAAUCAACUCUGAAAAAUAUUGUUAAUGGUGAAGUAAAGGAUGUUAAAUACUUUAAUCAACUAAAUCCUUCAUACUUUUACUUCAAUUAUUAUAAUAUAAAUGACAACUAAAUUUAUGUAAUAACAUUUAAUUAGCUCUUAAUCUAUAAUGUAACUUCAACUAGGAUAAAUAAAAUAUUUUCUUAAUUGCUUGAUUCUUAAAUAAUAACUUUUAUCAGUGACUCUGAUUUCCAAGUUCUUUUUCUAACUCAAAAAUAAUCUUUAUACUCUCUUUAAAAAAAUCAAACUAACCCAUAGCUCUUGAUACUAACCUAUAUCUCAACAGGAAUAGGCCAAUUUUUUAUGAUUGAUGAUUCCUUUUUAAUAUACUGCUCUACCAAAAACACAAUCUAAUGGAAUAAGAUGACAUUUAAAAAAUCCUAGUCUCUUUCUCUUGAAGUAAAACUUGAUUAAUUUCAAUUUAAAAUAGAAUUAAAUGAUACUGUUAAAAAGAUUGUUAAAAUAGAUACUACUUAGAAUAUCAUAAUAUUAACUAAUAAAUGCAUACAAAUAAUAGAUAUUUAGACAGGAAAUAUUUUAUAAAUCUCUCAAUUAGAUUUUUAAAACCAAUAAUCUUAAAUCUACUUUGAUCCUAUUUAUUAAAGGAUUUACUAUGCAGAUAGAAUUAUAGGAAUAGCAGUAUAUAAUCUUUAAAUGCAAACUAUUAAAUAGAAUUUACCAUCUUCAGGUAUAAAAUUAAAAAUGGAAGGUUCUUUCAUAUUUAUGCUUUCAUUUAACUCUGUAAGUAUAUAUUUAAGAUAAGACCUCAAAUUAUUCUAAAUAAUUAGAAAUUUUAACAGCACACAAUCACUAAUAGAUAUUGAGUACACAGGAUUUAACAAUAUAUUCAUUUUGUAUUUUGACAAUUCAAUUAGUUUCUUUAAUGCUAACCCUUUCUCUUAACCGAAGUUAAUUGAUUUCUUAUAAGUAAACAAUUAUAAGGUUUUACUAUAAUAAGUAUAAUCCCAGAAUUCUUAGUAUUUAAUAGUUGAUAUGAUGAUUCUAACUAUAGAAAAUACUAUCAAAUACACUACUUAGCUAAAUAUUGGCUCAUUUUCAAAUAACAUAUGCUCUGCCUAGCUAUAAAUAUUAACAGACUAAAAUGAUUUAUAAACAAAAAAUCAAUAAAAUGAUUAUUUAAAUUUAUUAUCACUGAAAUAACUCUUAAUUUAGAACAUUAUUUAUAGUAUGUUCAUAAAUAAUGGUGAAUAAACAGAUCUAAAGUAUCCUUUUGUUAGCUCUAGCUCUGUGACAAAUUAGUACUCUCUUUAUAUUUAAGCUAUAAACAAUAAUAUGAUUUAUUUAAAAACUCAAAAUAGCACAGAUUAAAAUAUUGUAGAGCUGUAACUAUAAAACUUAAAAAUUUCAUUUAAAAACUUAAAUAAUACUCUAUUUUUGUUUGGAAAUCCAACAUUUAAAAAAUUAGAAAGAUUAUUUUUAAAUGACAUAGAAUUAUCAGAUUUUGGUAAUAACCAACUAGCAUUUGAUGGCAUCAAACAUCUUUUUAUCUAAAAUUUAGUGAUUAAUGGAGAAUAAAUUCAGUAGAUUAACAAAUAGAUUAUGCUUUUCUAAAACAUUGAUAUAAUUGUAAUACAGAACAUUAAUUUUAUGAAUUGUUAAUUUAAUAAUAUCAUAAAUCUUCUUAAAUUUGUUAAUAUAAACAAACUAACAAUUAAUAAUUUCAACAUCAAACUUAACAGUUUAAAUUCAAACUUUAAACAAAGCUCUAUGAUAAAUAUCUCAUAUGUUAACUUACUUAUUUUAGAUAGUGCUAAUCUUUUACAGAACAUAUUUUAAAAUGUUUAAAUUUUCACAAUAACUAAUGUUACUUCAAUUAGUAUUAGCAACUUGAUAUCAUCUUAAAAUUAAAUAAUAAUUAAUUAAAACUUAGAUUUAUAAGGAAUUAUUUUUUAUUUUGAAGCAACUUCAUAGGUUGACUUCAAAAAAAUACAAUUUAAUAUGCUUAACUUUACCCAAUAUUCAUCCAUUUCUUUACUAAAAUUUUCUAAUGUAAAUGAAACUUUACAAUUUAAUGAUUUUUAUUUCGCAAACUUUAAAUUAGAAAACAAUUAUAAUAACUCAAUAAAUGGCUAAUAAUUUUUUAUUUUAGAAUGUGAGGGAAUUCCUAAUUCUAAUUUCUCAAAUAUUCAGGUAAUAAAUUCAGAUAUGAUAGGAUUUAUUAAUUUACAUGAUUUAAAAAAUAAAAACGGAAUUAUUAUUUAAAAUUAAAUAUCAACUUACUACAACUAUUAGCACUCUCUUUCAAAUACAAAUUAAUUAAUGCAACUUAAUGCUUAAUAAAUAAAAAUAUCAAAUUCUAAUUUUUCAUCUAUUUCUAGCUUCAAUUCAGAUUCUAACUUUAUUUAAAUUUAAGUUAGCUAAAAUUUACUUUUAGAUACAAUUUAAAUUUAAGGUGUUGAUCUUAAGUAAAGUAGCUUUAUUAACAUUUCCUAAAGUCCUUACAUAGUUAUCCAAAAUAUUGAUUCAAAAAAUAUACAAACAAAAAGCAUAGCAAGUGCUUUUUAUAUGUCAUAAAUUUCUAGUUUGAUAAUGAAAAAUAACACUUUUAUCUCAAAUCUAUCUAAUCUUGAUGGAGGAGUUUUAUAUUUAAACUAAAUAACAUAAAUAAUUUUUUUAGAAAACAAAUUUUAGUAAAACCAAUCUAAGACAGGAAAUGGGGGAGCUAUUUACUGCUUCAGUAGCCUAUUUUCUUAGUUUGAAGACAAUACUUUCUUUUAAAAUUCUUGUCCAUAAGGCUCAGGUGGAGCAAUAUUGUUGAACAAUUGUGAUAUUUAAGAUAUGAGAUAAAAUAAUUUUUUAUAAAACUAUGCUCUAAUAGGAGGUGCUUUUAGAUAUUAAGGCAUAUAACCUUAAGUUUUAUAAAAAAGAAAUGUGAGCCGAAGGAUACUUACCUUAAAUUUAAAUACUUUUAUUAAAAAUUCUGUAUAAUUAUAUGGAAAAAAUAUAGGUUCUUAUCCAAUUUAUUUGGAUGUUAAAAAUUAAAUGUAAGAUGAUUUAAAUAUCUAAAGUGCUAAAUUAGAAAAUAUAUAAAGUGGCAGUACAUCUUCACCGAUAUUAAUGAGAUUAAUUGAUGAAGAAAUGAGAGAAAUAAGUUUUUUUAAAAAUACAGAGUAGAUAAAUUAAGAAAUUCUGAUUGAAUUUGGUAGCUAUUUACUUGAAUUGUAGAGUUAAGAAGUCGGGCUUGAAGGUAAUCUCAGAUAGAAUUAUAAUUUUGAUUAAUUUGGUUUCCUUUUUAAUGUGUCCUAUUCUUAUUAGCCUAAUGCUAACUCCUCUAUUAUAGUUAAAACAGUUAACCCUAUCUAUAUUUUAAAUACUACAACUUUUAAAUUUGACUUUCAAGAGCUAAGUAUCUCUAUUGAUGUUAAUUUUAGGAAGUGCUAGUAAGGGGAAAUUUUAUAAACUUUGUAGAAAUAUAAGAUAUGCUAUACUUGCUAAUAAGGUAAUUAUUGCUUACAAGAUCCAAAUAAAUUUGAAAAUUUGUAGUGCCUCUAAUGCCCUAUUGGUUCUAAAAAUUGUCAUUCAAAUAUCAUACAGUUAUAAAAUAGAUACUGGAGUAAGGACGAAAACUCAGACUAAAUAUAUGAAUGUAUUAAUCCAGAAAAUUGUAUCCCUGAAGACCCUUCAAAUAAGUUUGGAUGUUCACUAGGACAUAUAGGAGCUAUGUGUGAAUCUUGUGAUUCUAAAGGGGUUAUUUGGGGUUCAAAAUAUGGAAAAACUAAUGGUGGAAAUUAGUGCUAAGAAUGCAUUUAUAAAAAUAAAAUUAGCUCUAUUCUGCUUCUAUUUUUAUUAUUGAUUAUAUUUUGUGUUUAUUUAAUCUUCUAAUUUUAAAAAUAGAUGGCAUUAAUAUAAAAAAAUAUGAGCUGGUUUUAUUUGAGAAAGCUUAAAAUAAUUUUACUAUAAAAUCCAAAUAUUAGUAGUUCUUCUUAUUAUAUCAAAAUUCUUAUCAACUAUUUUUAGUUUAUAGCAUUAAUUAAUAACUUAGGUAUUUAGACUAAAUAGUUUAUCUCUUUUGUUGAAAUUGGAGGUGGCGAUCCUGCAAAGCAUUCAAUUUAUAAUUUAGAUUGUAUAUUCAGUUACUAUGAUUUCUAAAUUCCAUUGUAUGCUAUUAGAGUUGUAUUUAUCAAUACCUAAAUAAUUAUUAUAUAUUUGUUCAUUCAACUAGUAAAAAUCCUAACAAACAUCUUUAAGAUAGAUGACCGCUCAUUUUAGAUUUCUUCUUUCAUACUAAUAUACUUAUUCUAUAGUUCUUCAGUAAUCAAAGUAUUGAUAUAGUCUUCAUCUUGUAUUGAAAUAGCAGGCAAUCUAUAUAUUAUUUCUGAAAUGCAGUAUGAAUGCUAUACUGAAGAACACAUUAAAAUCCUACUAUAUUUAAUAGGACCAUUACUUUUAAUAUGGUUAAUAAUAAUUCCAACAUCAUUUUCUAUGUAUUUGUAUAGAAAAAGAGAAAAAUUACAAAGCUUGUUUUAUCAGUAGAAAUAUGGUCUUUUGUACAAAGAAUAUAAAGUAGAAUCUUAUUAUUGGGAUUUAGCUAGAAAUCAAACAAAAGCAUCUCUAGUUAUAUUUCUAAAUUUAGUUAGGGUUUCACCAUUACUCAAAGCUUCAUUUUUAAUAAUUUUUAUAUAAAUUUAUCAUACAUUUUUGACCAAAGUAAGUCCUUAUUAAAGAUAGUAGUUAAACAAUAUUGAUUAACUAUCUUGCAAAUUAAUUAUAAUAAGUAUAUUCACUACAUAAAUGAUAUUACUUACAGAUAAUCCCUUACUUAAACUACUAUUGGAAAGUAUUUUAAUAGUCUCCAAUAUAAUUUUCAUAGGAAUCUUACUCUUACUAGCAGUGUAAAGGCCUAUUCCAUAUAAUAAAAUUGACCAAAAUAUGCUUUAAAGAUUAUAAUUUUAUUUAUCUCAAGUAAUUCCUAACUCUAUUUACUAAAUUGCUUAUUAAAAAUAGAUAAAUUUAUUAAGAAUAAAUUCUCUAUGGAAAAAAGUCUAAAGCUCAUUAAGGGAAGUGAUUUCAAUUGAAGCAGAUUUUAAGAACUAAAAAUGGUCUUAGCGAAUAAAACUGAGUAAUUAAAACAGUUAAUUCACCUUUCGAAAAUCAAAAAUUGGCAAACAACUAAAAACUAUUUUCUAUCAAUAAGCAAAAGAAAAUUGUAAUUUAGAUAAAAUUCAAUAAUGA